GUGAUGAGUGGUACCUGUGCAGGCUGACUCUGAGCAUGCCCAGUCAGGCCAACCUGCAGUGGGCGAUGUUUCCCUCGCCGUACCUGGGCGCCGUCGGUCCUGAUGCCACACCUGGCUCUGUGGUGUACCGACUGUCGGCACGGCAACGGGACGGGACGCAGGGACAGGCCCAGUUCAUCCUACUGGAUGGUGGGGAGGAGUGCUUUGAGGUCGACCGUCGUUCCGGUGAGAUCCGGACCUCAGGACAACCUCUGACUCCGAGUAAAGAGUAUCUGCUGCGGGUGCAGGCGAUGGACGGACACAGACGUAAAGGUCCGCCGGCCACGGUGUCCAUCCUGGCCGGUUACCGACCUCCACAGUUCACCAACUCCACCUACAGCCUGAACGUACCGGAGAACACACCUGUUGGACAACCCGUUGCGGUGGUUCAGGCCGUCUCCUUCCAGAGGAAAACUCUGUCCUACAUGCUGCUGGUGAAUCCUGGGAACUUGUUCAGCAUCAACCAGGAGAGCGGAGCGCUCAGCCUCACCCGGACCGUCGACUACGAGAGCGGCCACAACCUCCACACCCUGCAGGUCCGAGCCUCCGAACCCGACACCGGGCUCAGCAGCGUGGCAGAGAGGAUCUGA